AUAGAAACACUUUUUUUCCCUUAACAAGAGGGCACUCAUCUAAAAAUAAAAAGUAACUGUGAGAAUGCAGAAGCAACCUCACACAGCACCUUUUCUUCUCUGCAUUACAGCUGAAGUUUUCAUCUUUAGCCACAUUUAAAUUUACAAGAAGCAAGUGAUGAAAAAAAAAAUGCAUGGUCUAAGCACAAAAGAUUUGAUGGGGUGUGAGGAGAGGAGGGGGGUCAAGAGAACAGGAAACCCAAGUUGACGGGAAACCCAAGUGACAUUUGGGUUCAAUGAAUGACUUAAAAGCCCAAUAUUGCUCGUCAGGAAAUGGGGAGAGGAAAUGGAGCGAUGUUUUGAGAGUAUAAAUGAGGGGCUCCAUCAAGGUGAAGGCUACAGAUCUGCUUAUUGCCCUCCUGUGAAAUUCAGCAGAGCUGGACCUUCAUCGCCUCAGCAUGCAAACCUGCUCGGCGCUGCUCCUGCUGCUCCUGGCUGCCAGCACCCUGCCCGCCAGGUCCUCGCCUCUGGAACCCAGCUGCCUCCACUUCUCCGAGCUCCUGCCUGCAAAGCUCAGAGAGCUGAGGGUCAAGUUUGAGGAAAUUAAGGAUUAUUUUCAAUCAAAAGAUGAUGAACUCAGCAUCCAGUUGCUCAGCUCUGACCUAUUGGAUGAAUUUAAGGGGACCUUUGGCUGCCAGUCGGUGUCGGAGAUGAUGCGCUUCUACAUGGAAGAGGUCUUGCCCAGCGCCAUAAGGACCAGCACGCACCACCAGCAGAGCAUGGGCGAACUGGGCAACCUAUUGCUGAGCCUGAAGACAACCAUGAGGCGCUGUCACAAAUUCUUCUCAUGCGAAAAGAGGAGCAAAACUGUAAAGCACAUUAAGGAGACGUUCGAUAAGAUGAGCGAGAAUGGAAUCUACAAGGCCAUGGGGGAGUUUGACAUCUUCAUCAACUACAUCGAGGAGUACCUGCUGAUGAAGAGAAAGAAGUGAGAACACCCACAGGGCGGCAUCUUUCACACCAAAUCCUGCUGUGUUUUCAGAAAUCACUUUCUGCUGCAAGAAUUCACAAGAGAUUAAAUUAUCGUAGGGUUCAGGUCAAGAAUUAGGGGUCAAUCCCUUUAAAUUCAGUAUUGUAUUUAAAGGGUUGUGGGUUUUUUUUUUCCACAACUGAAGUUAAUAUUUAUUACUUCUAAUACCUCAGUGUUUAUGUUUACAAUAGUUUGAAAAGUGGGGUGGGCUUGUAAAAUACUAUUUAUUGGUCAAUAUUUUAAUGCUGUUUAUGAUAGUGAUAUUUUAUUCACAGCUUCAAAACGCCCAAAGCAGCGUUCUUCUCAGGAGUAGAUAAUAAGCAGAACUUUUCCAGAGUGCAGUUUCGCUGAGCACGGAUGCCUGGUCAGAGGCAAUUCCAGCUCUGAGUUCUGCAAAGUUUAAUUCUAAUUAAUUUUAAUUUAAUUUUUAAUGUUAAGCAAAUGACCGCUCUCCUCGAGUCCUGUUCCCUCUAUUUAUUUAUGCAAUCCAAUAUUUUUAUGCAUAACUAUACCACUGUCUCUGGUUCUGCAGUUGGAAUUAGACACUGAAAAUUAUCCUAUGGCACUGACAAAACCAAUUAUAAAUGUAACUAAGUGCAUAUUUUCCUCCUGUGUAUGAAAAGCAGUGUGGAGGAGGUCCUGAGCUCCCACACAAUCGUGCCACAGCAAUAGAUCAGUUAACCCCACCUCCAGAUUUCAGCCUAUAUAUUUAAAUCCAGAUUAAUGAAUAUAAUAGCAGUAGAAAUGAAAUGUUUGGUUCUAAUAGAACUUAAAUGUUCCUAAAGACUGACUUCCAGAGCUGCUGGGUCAGCCACUCUGCACUUUCAAAGGUCACUCUUGCAAUGUUCCAGUCUUUGAUUGGGUUUUAUUUGCUGUUGUAUCUGGGUUUUUUUGUUUUUCUUUCUUUUUCUAAGUUAGAGGGUAUUUAAUUCACCACCAUUUUAAGGUGGCUUGGGUAAUUUGCAUUCAAAUUCCGACAGCUGCAGGCAGCACUGACGAUAUUGGGGUUCAGGUUCUGCCCAACCGCGUGCCCGAGGAGCCGCAGCAGAUGAACAUUGCAGGGAAUGCGGCUCCGGUGCCCCCCACAGCAGCUGAUUUCAGGGCUCCCCUCCCUCCCUGUCCCAGUCUCCUGUGUGCUACAGGAUGCUGAGCCGGAGGAAAAUGCCAUCAUUUGCUUCUAGUAUUUAGAAGGCAUUUGCUUCUAGUAUUUAGAAGCCUUAGGACGUUGGUAUGAUGGAUCAGUGUGGCGUCAGUGUGGUGUUUGCUCUGUAAGUUAUCACUGAAGAGAAGUUAUUUAUACUCGAUGUAUUCUAUUUGUACACUUACGGUGACAGAAGGGCGUUCCUGCUGGCAUCCUGCCCGCACAGAACUGGUUGUCCUCGAGCAAGGAAUGCUGCUCCGUGGGCCACUCUUCCUACUGAAAGCAAACCAGUGCCAUCAGCUCGAGGGCAACCUGAGAGCCAAACACUGUAAAAUCCAAAUGAAGCUUCUUACCAGGACACAUUAAGCUCUCGUUGAGCCAACUCUGUCCUCAUCUUUUUACCGAACACCUUGACUCGGGUGUUGUAGAAGCAGCAAGGAUGGCUCCAGAGCCAAGAGCAUCAGCAGCUCCGUCCCCGGGUGGGUCGCGAUGGUGGCGCACUGUGCCGUGGCCACGGCUUCUGUCACUGCGAUGAA